AUGACGGUUGAAUCUGGUGAGUCAGUCUUUCAACGAGAUUUGGUCCGAAGUGAUGUGUUUCCGCAUCUGGAGAUUCGAAAGAAAAAUUUGGAUUGCAGCUACGACAGGGAGCAGCUGACCGAAAAGUGGAUCCAAAGUCAGGACAUCGGUAAUGAAAACCUGUUGGCUUCAUCCACUCCUGUAGCGGCCCCGGUACAUACUGGUGCGGUGCCGAAAAUCUUACAGCUGCCAGCGAUAGAGGAGGAAUAUUGUAGACCGGAAGAUUCACGAAUAGUCCAAGGAAGGCGACCAGAGGCAGCAACUAACAAGAAAGGCAGCAUAGGUUACGCUAAACUUCCCCCAGCAGUACUGGGCACAAGGGAGUCUAGUUUUUCCCGGAAUUGUUGGCCAAAUUCUGAUGUUCAGCGUCGAUCGUCGCAUCCAUUCAGUAUGACAGUGGAUCAAAAUCCCCAGCCGAGAUUUUCUUAUGCAGAACUAUCAGAGCCGGUAGAUGUUUCCGGAGGUUCGUGGUGUCGAGAAAAUAAUCCCCCUCCAAAUUCUCCACCUCUGCUCAACAAUCAACUCGUUCAGCAGCAGCCUGUACUGCUCAAUGCCCAGCAACUCGCAGCAAGGCACGUCGUAUCCCGGGAUUUACCCAGAUUUUCGGGUGAUCCAUUAGAAUGGCCGGUGUUCCUUAGCACUUUCGAAUCGACCACGGCCAUGUGCGGAAUUCAACCAGACGAGAACCUGGUUCGCCUUCAAAAGUGCCUGGUAGGAAGUGCGAGAGAAAAAGUUCUGAACCUGCUCACAAUUCCAUCAGCGGUUCCAGAAAUUAUUGCUACCCUCAGGGAAGAGUGUGGCCGACCCGAUCAAUUGAUACAUUGUAUGCUGUCUAAAAUUCGCCGUGGCAGUCUGCCAAAUGCAAACAAAUUGGAAACUCUCGUUAGUUUCGGACGCGAAGUGAGGAAUUUGGUGACGUACAUUGAAGCCGCUCGUUUACAGUCCCACCUGACUAAUCCGGAGCUCCUUUCCGAACUGGUGUUUAAAUUGCCUCCAAGUUUACGCCUUGAGUGGGGAAAACUCCUAGAAAACGUUCCGGAGCCGUCGCUAAGGGAUUUCUGCAAUUAUGUGUCAUCGCUCAGAACCGCUGCAUGCAAAGUCACUCCACCAGCUGACCUCGCAAUGGAUGGUCAAAUUCGAAGAGGAACCCGCAAAGAAAAAGAAACAGGCUUUCUCAAUACUCAUCAGGAGGUUUUCUCGAAAACGGAGAACACUUUGCCGAAGCAGAAAGGAGAUCCCAGACCCUGUUUAGCGUGCGAUAGGAAGGGCCACAGGGUCCGCGACUGCGAGAGAUUCAAGAAAUCUUCGUUGGACGAUCGUCUGAAAGUAGUGCAGGAGAAACAACUGUGUCGACGAUGCUUGGCACCACACGGCAAGUGGCCGUGUCGAACGAGACAACCCUGCGGUGUGGACGGUUGUCAGGAAAUGCACCAUAUGUUGCUCCAUUGUAAGCCAUCGCCAUCCACCUCGUAUGGUGCAUCCGGAAUUGUAACAACACAUCGACACAAACAAAAUUCCACGCUUUUCAAAAUCAUACCGGUUAUGCUACAUGGGAACGGCAAGUCUUUAUUGGUCCACGCAUUUCUCGAUGAUGGGUCCGACUUGACUCUCAUCGAAAGCAAAGUCGCCGAUGAACUGGGCCUAGACGGAGUAGAAAGACCUCUAUGCAUAGAGUGGACAGGUAGCGUAUCACGGAAUGAAGAUUCUUCUCGUGUCGUGCAGCUGACGAUAUCCAAGCCGAAAAGUGAAGAAAGACAUGCCCUGACGAAUGUGCGCACCGUUCCAGAUUUGGGAUUACCGAAGCAGCCGUUGAACUACGACCAAUUGGCAAAAGAUUUCCCCCAUCUUCGUGGUUUACCGAUUUGCAGCUAUACCGAUGUUACUCCCAAAAUAUUGAUUGGAGUCGACCAUGCAAGACUGAAGUUAACGCUGAAAAGAAGAGAGAGAAGUGCUGGUGAACCCGUGGCAACCAAGACGAGAUUAGGCUGGGUUAUUUUCGGUGGACAGAGUGCUACGAAUAAUCUCGCCCGAACCAUGGUCCACACCUGCAAGUGCAGCAAAGACGACGAAUUACACGAUCUUGUCAGAGAGUAUCUAGCAGCCGAAAGUAUGGGCAUUGCCGAACAUGCUCCGCCAGAAACCAGCGAAGAUCAACGUGCCCGAAGAGUCUUGCAAGAAACUACAAAGCGCACUCCGUCCGGGAAAUACGAAACUGGUCUCCUCUGGAAAUUCGACGAUGUGAGUUUCCCACUCAGUUACUCGAUGGCCGAACGUCGCUUACAAUGCCUGGAGAGACGUCUUUCAAAUGAUCCAGCAUUGAAGGAAAACGUGAAUCAACAGAUCGAAGAAUACCAGAAACUUGGCUACGCACAUAAGGCAACCGAAAAUGAACUCCGAGAACGGGAUCCGAACAAGGUGUGGUACUUGCCCAUUGGUGUCGUCCAGAACCCCAGAAAGCCUGGCAAAGUCAGGGUCGUCUGGGACGCCGCUGCGUCAGUGAAUGGAACAUCACUCAAUUCAAUGCUCCUCAAGGGGCCUGACCUCCUGACGCCCUUGCUGAAUGUUCUUUGCCGAUUUCGUGAGAGGCAGUACGCAAUUGCAGGUGACAUCCGCCAGAUGUUUCACCAGAUUUUGAUUCGUGGUGAAGACAAGCAAUUCCAGCGUUUUUUGUGGCGUACCGAUCCGAAAGCACCUCCUGAUGUCUACAUUAUGGAUGUGGCCACGUUUGGAGCGACGUGUUCUCCCUGUUCCGCUCAAUAUGCGAAGAAUCUGAACGCCUCCGAACAUCGUGACCGUUAUCCAGAAGCAGCAGCCGCCAUCGUAGAAGGCACGUAUGUCGACGACUUUCUCGAUAGCAGAGAUUCAGCGAGAGAAGCUGUCGAAAUUGCGCAAGGAGUGGUCACAAUAAACGGUGCAGCUGGCUUCCAAAUCCCGACGUGGCAAUCGAAUUCCAUCGAAGUUCUUCGAGAGAUCAGCAACGAAAGCGAAAACUCCACGAAACGUUUUUCUGUGGAUAGAAUGACAGCAACGGAUCGAGUUCUUGGGAUGGUUUGGCGGCCAAGCCCAGACGUCUUCGUAUUUGAAAAUGUAUUUCGUGAUGAUCUUCAGACACUGCUAACCGGACACAUCAUUCCCACCAAACGUCAAGUUCUUCAGGUGGUAAUGAGCCUUUUCGACCCCCUGGGAAUAAUCGCAGCCUUCACCAUCCACGGAAAAAUCCUCAUGCAGGAUAUAUGGAGGUCAGGUGUGAAUUGGGACGAGUCUAUCCGGUUGACGGAUUUCGAAAACUGGAAGCGCUGGAUAGGAGUGCUUCCCGACUUAGCGAAGGUGACGAUUCCAAGAUGUUAUUUCCCGAACUACGAUCCUAUUAGCUAUGAUUCUCUGCAACUGCACAUCUUCACAGAUGCAAGCGAGACAGCUUACGCUUGUGUGGCAUUUUUUAGAAUCGUCGAUCGAGGAUCCCCGAGAUGCUGUCUAGUAGCUUCGAAGGCGAAAGUUACCUCACUUCGACCACAGUCGAUUCCUCGGAACGAGUUGAAUGGUGCAGUCAUUUGA